UGCGUGUGCGUUUCGCCGUCAAAAACGUCCACCGAACUCCCGAUUUCAGUGCGCUUUUAGACGCCUGAAAAUUCGCUGUCGGCGGCGACGUGGAAAAUUGCCGGUCAGUGGCGGUCGUGUCAUGAAGCGGUGAGUUUAAUUCGCGGAACGGAUGGAAAAUGCGCUCCGAAUACGAGUUUUGGUGAGGGUGCGUGUGCCAAAUGGAAAUUGUGUCACGGUCUAAUUAGUUUCUUAGAGAAUAUGACGCUCUCUUACCACCGGAAUGGAUAUUCCAUGUUCGGUAUUAAUCAGUUUUCGAUCGGGUGAAGUGUGGGUGAACGAUGCCGUUUUUCUGCUUUGAACUCGGUUAAAUUUGAGUGAAAGUGUUGAAAAUGGUGACGGGAUAAGCUUGAGGAUAUGUUUCCGGGGUGCAUCCGGGGGCCCCGUUCCACGCAGGGCUCCACGGAUGAUAUCAGCAAGCAGACGAAGUCCAUUGUUCAGAUCUACACAGACUGGGCCAAUCAUUACUUGGAAAAAGCUCGAAGUAAAAAACGCGUCAAUUCCUUAGCGGCGGAUUGCAGUGACGGAGUCUUACUUGCUGAAGUCAUCGAAUCUGUUACAUGCCAGAAAAUUCCGGAUAUCAAUCGAAAGCCAAAAUCGCCGUCCCAAAUGCUCGACAACAUCAACCUGUGUUUGGGCGUUCUAAAAGCACAACAUGUUUCCGGCCUGGAAAAUGUUUCGGCUCAAGAAUUACGCGAUGGAAAAUUAAAGGCGAUUUUGGCGCUUUUCUUUGCCUUAUCACGCCAUAAACAAGCCGCCAAACAACGAGCACAGCAAAUCCAACAGAACCAGAUAGGGGAAAUGACGCCGAAUAGAUCGUCGGCAAUCCCUCACAAGGGCGGCAGUAGCAUCCCUUUGCCCGGCUCGGCACUACCUUCUCGACGAUGUCCACCAGAUAAAGUGCGUCCAGUGGCCGGUUCCAGUCGCGCCUCGAGUCCGGCCCUUUCCAUGAUUCCUCGCGGCCCUCCGGCCCAAAUUUCCAGCCCUUACCAAACCCCCCCUCCCCAGAAAAACUCAAAUUCGAUGCUCGACAAACUGAAACUUUUCAAAUCCAACGAUCGGCCAACACCCACCACCAACGGAAAAAGGACUAGCAGUUCCAGUGGCGUCUCGUCGGCGAGGAGUGAACGCAGUGAUAGUAGUGCCAGUUUGGAACCUAGUGCUGAUGUGAAACCGGUGAAAAACGCGUCGAGGUUGAAACAGACGAGGCCGACGAAGACGACGCCCACGAAGAACAGUCCCAAUGCGCUCAAGAAGGACGUACUGGUGGCCAAACAGACGAAAACGGAAGUGGAGAAACAUGCACAGAAAGUGGCGAAUUUGUCGAGCUCGAAGCUGGUGGAAUCGAAGAUCAAGGCUGUGGCGAAGAAUGGACAAGGUCAGAACCACUUGCCCACGCAGAACCAACAUGGUACCGGUAUUCCGAAGCCGACGGCGGCUAUUAAAGGUACCACGAAAAUCGUGCGCGACGACAAAAGCUUCAACACCCUUAAAACCCCCAUUUCGCGUGAGAACUCCCAAGCCAGUAUCACACACACCAAGCCCGCCGUAGCCCUAGUCUCCCCCAUGAAAAACGAGAAAGAGCCCCAACUCUCCGAGAGCAGUCAUAGUGCUUCCACCGGCCACCACAGCAACUCCAGCGAAAGUAGCGUCAUUUACAAGCCUUCAAGUGAAAGUAGUUCCGAACACCACAACAUUAUCCCAAACCGCAAAGACCCAAUCACGUACAUAUCAGAAGCAACAGAAGACCAACCUAACAAAGAAAAACUCCUCAACACCGAAAAUCAAGAACCGAAGAAUUUCUUGAAUUUUGUCAGGGAGGGGUCUCAGGGUGACGAGGAGACUCCGUUGAGUAUUGAGCCAAUGAGGCCCCUUUUGAGGGGCUAUUGCAGUACUUUGACUCUGCCUCCGCGCCAAAGACACUACCAGAGGGUCCAACAGGACCCAAGUUCGGACUAUUGCGAAAUUUCCCUCGCUAAUGGUUACCUUUCUGAUGGUGAAAUGUUGCGGAAUGCACCCUCGAGGGAUAAUUCUGACGGGUAUAUGUCUGAAGGAGGAUCAGUUUUGUACGCGCGGAGGCUACAAACCAUGCCUGCACAUAUUCCAAAUGGCACACCGCGAAUUUCGCCCGGCCUCACCGUGUUGACAGAGCAGUCCUCCCGGCGGGGGCGCGUGGAGGAGCCCCCUCCCCCUCCUGCACCUCGCGCCGCCUCCCGUUCCUCCCGCAACGGCGUUGCCUUACAAGACACCAAACACGGCCAAUGGAAGCGCUACACGGAUUCACCAGGAGUAGGCAGUCCUCCACCACCGGCUCCAGCCCCCUCGAGUCCCACCAGCAGCCGAAGAGAGCGUCGCAGCAGCCCCCACGGCAGCAAAGAGAAGAGCUCUAAGGUGCGAGGAGUACCUCAGAGUUUCGGGUACGUGAAAAGGAGCAGUUCGACUAGCAAUGCAACCAAUGGAACACCAAACGGGACAGCGCCACAAGUCCAAGGUUUGUGGAGUUUUGGGGGUGAUUGGGGUGUAAUUGGGGGUGUAGUUUUGCAGAAUCAGGCGGGGAAAACGGCGUCGGUGUCCGCAGUGCCUAGGACCAAGGUUAAGGUGUCGGGGGGGACGCAGACUUGUUCCAGUGAUUUGCAACAGUCGCACAAAUCAAACACACCACAAUUCAAAAGCUACUCUCUCACCGGAAACGCAGCAAGUCAGCUCAGCCAAUCAGUGCGCGAACGCUUGAUGAUGGGUUCACAAAGUCUUCCAAAGGGCGCUGGGCAAGACUAUGGGCUAGUUUUAAGACAAGGGAGACCCAAGGCUAGUGAUGGGUCUUUAUCCGACACUCAAGCGAUUGAAAAUACCAGUCCUUAUGCUCCGUGGCUUCGACACAGCAAUACGUACUCAGUGGCCCCCCGAUUGUCUGAGACCGACAGCAUGGAAAGCCUUACAAGUCUUCCCGGACAUAGAAGCAGUCUCACACACACAAGACUCCUGAGGGAUUCCCCGUCUAGACUUAGUAGAAGUAAUAGUAUAAGGUCUACCAAAUCCGAAAAGUUGUACCCCUCGAUGUUGCAUCGUAACACUGAGCCUGAGACAGAACCGUACUAUUGUUUACCAAUUGGGGCCCUCAGUCAUUGGUCUCAACCUACCAGUCCUGCACCAGGAAACGCAAGGACUUUUCCUUUGUCUCCCACACAUUCGUCGACUCCUAGACACAGUAUGCCGAAAAAUGAUGACGUGCAUGGUUCCUCGAUAAGCCUCGUCUCCACCGCCUCCAGCCUCUACUCCUCCGCCGAAGAGAAGCAAGCCCACGAAAUCCGAAAACUUCGCCGCGAACUAACCGAAGCUCAAGAGAAAGUUCAAACAUUGACAUCGCAGCUCAGCACCAAUGCUCAUGUGGUAUCAGCGUUCGAGCAAAGUCUGUCUUCUAUGACGCAAAGACUUCAACAUCUCACAGCCACAGCUGAGAAAAAGGAUUCUGAAUUGGCUGAACUGAAAACUGCAAUGGAAGCUUUGAGGGCACAGUCGAUACAAGCCGGGAUUGGAACGGGAUUAGCAAGACAACCGUCCUCUGAUAGUGUUUCAAGUCUAUCAUCAGCUUGUAGUCUGGAUAAACACGAAAAGAAGAAGAAAAAGGGAUGGUUGCGUAGCUCUUUUACGAAAGCCUUUUCCCGCAAUGCCAAAGUGACAAAAGUCCAAUGCCAAAGCGAAGGCGAAAACGAACGCCAACACAGUCCUCUACCCCCCGCCCCCACAGACCCCGGUCAAGAAGUCGCCGAAUUACAAAAACAACUUCGCGAGAAAGACCUCGUUUUAACCGACAUUCGUCUUGAAGCCUUAAGUUCCGCCCAUCAGUUAGAAAGUUUGAAAGACACUGUGAUGAAAAUGAGAAGCGAAAUGCUUAGUCUUAAGCAAAACAAUGAACGGUUACAACGAAUGGUCAACGGAGCGACAAACAUGCCCACCGAAUUAGCCGACACCAGAAGCUCCAAUAGUAUAGACGCCCUAAGUGACCUGAUACCCACCACCGAGGAGCCGCCCCCCGAGCCCGAGCAAGACGGAAAGAGGGUGGCCAUCAGCGUGUACCUGGGGCAGCCCCACAGCUUCGAAAAGUAUUACGCCGAACAUUACAGUUACGACGGAAUCGGCGAAAACGCAAUUACUGAAAUAUCUAUAGCACAUACCAGCAUUGGGGCUUCGUGUUCUUGGGCCCAAUUGGAUAAUACCGUGAGGAGGGCCUUCAAACAACACGUGGCGAGGCUUGAUCCAGGUGGAGGACUAGGAUUGGGAAGUGACUCCAUUGCUAGUUAUAAGUUGGGAGAAGCUGAGAGAAAGCCCGAUUCGGGCCCCCCUGACCUGCUACCAGUCGGUUAUGCUGUUGGAAGAGUCUCAACUUUGCACGUCGUACUGCAACCUAUCGCUGCCUUAGCUUUUGAAGCGCUUAUACCAAAAGGAGUGGCACAAAGACUAGUUUCGUUGUUGUCGGAGCACCGGAGACUCGUCCUGUGUGGGGCCCCAGGCACAGGGAAGACGCAUCUAGCGACGAGACUUGCGGAGUUCCAUGCGCAGGCGCAAGGGAGGGACCCGGCCGAAGCGGUGGCCACUUUCAAUGUUGACAACAAGUCAGCGAAGGAGCUCCGCCAGUAUUUAUCCCAUUUGAGCGAGCAAGCGGCCGCUGGAGACAACAGUGUGCUCCCAUGCGUGGUGGUUUUGGACAAUUUGCACAAAGCGGGCCCCUUGGUGGACGCCCUGGGGUCCCUCCCUCGCAACUUGCCUUGUCUUUUGGGGACCAUGGCCCAAUCAGCCUGUUCUGCGACCAGUCUCCAACUCCAGCAUGGUUUCCGGUGGGUGUUGGUAGCCCCCCAUAUGGAGCCGGCGCGGGGCCUCCUCGGACGCGUCCUCCGACGCCGUCUCGCCACUUUGGAGCUCGAGCAAGGGCCCCAACCCGAACUUGCAGCCAUUUUAGGGUGGCUCCCCCGGGUUUGGCAACACUUAAACGCCUUCCUUGAGACACACAGCUCGGGGGAUGUGGCCAUUGGUCCGAGGUUGUUUUUGAGUUGUCCGUUGGAGUUGGACGCGGCUAGGGCGUGGUUCGCCGAUGUGUGGAACUACUCUUUGGCCCCCUAUUUGCGCGAGGCGGCCCGAGAGGGGCUGCAGUUGUACGGGCGGAGGGCCCCCUGGACCGACCCGGCGCAGUUUGUCCUCGAUACGUACCCCUGGCCGGGGGCGCCGCCUCAAGGUUUGACGAGUAUAACAGCCAAAGAUGUGGGACUGGAGAGUGGGCCUACAGCGCAAGCCGAAAACGAGGGGGAUCCCCUGUUGAAUAUGCUCAUGCGUUUGCAAGAAGCUGCCAAUUAUUCGAGUCCGCAUUCGAACGAUUCGGAUUGUAAUAGUCUGGAUUCGAAUCUGACGCAUGGGAGCAAUGUCGGAACCGAAAGUGUUUCUUAAUAUUGGAUAAUCAAAGCUAUUUUAUAUAAAUUGUUCGCUGAUUCGAUUUUUUUAAGUGUGUUGUUAAUCAAAAGUAAUACAAGCAGAACGGUUUAUAUAAAAUGAACGACUAAUUAAUGGUAGCAUUCAAUACCUAACGACUAUAACAAAGUGCUUCACCAUUUUUUCACUUGUAAUGUUAUACAGAAUGCUGUUUGUUGUCUUGUUUAAUAAGAAAUAUACACGAAUGUUUGUUUUUAGAGGAUUUUUUUUAAAACACUAUGUAUAUUUCUUAGUUUUGUCUGUGUUUUAAUGAGUAUUUUCUGGUCAGAUAACCAAUUGUGUAAAUAUGUUAUUUAUAUUAUACAUUUAUACAGAAUGAAAUUUUCUAUGCCUAUGUUUAUUGUAUUUAUAAUGUAAAAUGUUUUAAUAACUUUUAUACAAAUUGUAAAUUGCC